AUGUCCUCGGAGGGGGAAGCCGAGGCGGCUGCUGAGAGCGGGCCGGGCAGCAGCCCCACGCCGGGGCCGGCCGCCGCCGAGCGGGAGGAGGUGAGCGGCGGCAGGGGCAGCCGCCCCGGCCCAGGGGGGGUUCGGGAGGCAAAAGGGGAGAUGGGCGUGGGGAAGGGGCUGGGGAGCCCCUCGCUGGGCAGCGGGAGCGGGUGGCCGAGGAGGGGAUCCGCAGAGCGGGGGAAGCCGGCGAGGCAGCCGCGGCCCCCGCAGCCCGGCCGGGACCUGCAGCCGCGCCGCGGGGGCGGCCGCCAGCAGCCGCCGGUAGGGAGCCGCGAGCGGGGCAGUGCGGAGCGGAGCGGGGCUCUGCGCGGUGCGGAGCGGACCUCAGCGCGGUGCCCGCCGCGCCCUGCAGUGCCGGGGGUGCCGGCGGGAGCGGGCGGAGUCCCCAGCGGCCAGCAACGCCCUGUGAAGCAAUCCCUGAGUGCCUGCAUGUGCAGAGAGUCACACUGGAAAUGCCUCCUCCUCUCCAUCCUCAUGUAUGGUUGCCUGGGAGCAGUGGCCUGGUGUCAGCUGGCCCGAGUCACCAAGCUCAGCUUCGACAGCUCCUUCAAGGGCAAGUCCAUGAUCUACCAUGACAGUCCCUGCUCAGAUGGCUAUGUCUACAUCCCACUGGCCUUCCUUUCCAUGCUGUAUGUGGUGUACUUGGUGGAGUGCUGGCACUGCCACGUCAAGAGAGAGCUGCAGUACAAGGCUGAUGUGGACAGUGUCUAUGAAUGUAUCAGCCGCAUGCAGCAAGCCACUCCAUGCAUCUGGUGGAAGGCCAUCAGCUACCACUUUGUACGGCGAACCCGGCAGGUAACACGGUACCGCAAUGGUGAUGCCUAUACCACCACCCAAGUCUACCAUGAGAGGGUCAACACUCAUGUGGCCGAAGCUGAGUUUGACUACUCUCACUGUGGAUACAAGGACAUCUCCAAAGAGCUCCUGGGCCUGGAGAGCUACACAGCCACCAAGCUGAGGUUCACCAAAUGCUUCAGCUUUGCCAACAUCGAGUCUGAGAACUCUUACCUGACACAAAGGGCUCACUUCUUCACAGAAAUAGAGGGGCUGGAUGACUACAUGGAGGUAAGGGAAGGCAUGCAGCUCAAAAAUGUGGACUUCAAAGAGCUCAUGAUGGCCUACGGGGACCCAGAUCACCUCCCAUGGUAUGUGUCUCACUAUGCUUUCUGGGUGGCAGCCAUCCUGAUGAUCUCGUGGCCUCUCAGGGUACUCAUAGAGUAUCGGACUGCAUACGUCCACUACCAUGUGGAGAAGCUUCUGGGCCUGGAAUACACAGCACCCGCCAUGACGGAGGAGCCCCUCUACCGUUACCGCAUGCCCCGGGAUGCCACGCAGGACAGCACAGAGCUGGAGUGGCACAUCUGCACCAACCGGCAGCUGAUCCCCAGCUACUCGGAGGCCAUGCUAAUGGACCUGGCCGACUCCCCAGCGUACAACAGCUACACAGUGUGUCGGUACAGUGAGGUGGCCCACGGCUGUGAGCGCUGCAACCGUGCCUCCAGCACCUCCUCCAUCUUCUCACGCCAUGCUUUCCACAGCUGCAGUGGCAACUCCCGUCUGUCCCUCAACACCAGCCGCUUCUCCCUCUGCCGCGUCCAUGGCUCCCACAGGACAGGCCUCUGGCGGAGCCGCAGCAGCAGCAUUGCUGACCGGGGCUGCCAUGAUGAGCAAUGCUGCUCCUACUCCAGCCAGCUGGCUGUCAAUGAGAACCCCCCUACCUACCACGACGCCCGCUUCUUCCCUGUCUUGAUCGUGCAUAGGCCGGAAGGGCACGAUGGACAGCCCUUCUAUGUCAGACGCUCCUCCUGUUUAGAAACAUCUCUGUGA